AUCUUUUUCCGUCAUGACCCUUGACUAUUCUUCACAUAAGUCUAAGUCUGCCUUAGUCUCCUCCUCCUUUAUAUGCAUGAUAUUAUCUCUUCACUAUUUCUAGCAACUCAUGCUUAAACAAAGGCAUGGCUACCUUUUCUUUCUUUGCUUCACUUUUGAUCUCAAUACUUUUAGUACAUUUGUGUUUGUACCAUGAGGUUGAAAGUGUUCAUGAUCAAUUGAUCAGCACACAUAGAGAAGCCUUGGAAAUCAUUAUAGGUGGAGGAGGUGUAAGUUCUCCUCCUCCCCCUUCUCCUGAAUAUGAAAAUUGCCCUCCUCCUCCCCCGCCUCCAUGCCCUCCGCUACCAUCACCGCUACCUCCACAACCAACACCGUCACCAUCACCGCCACCUCCAACACCAUCACCACCUCCACCACCGUCGCCACCGUCGCCACCGUCACCACCUCCACCACACUCAGCACCUCCACCACCGUCACCACCUCCAUCACCAAAACCAAAGCCUCCACCACCGCCACCACCACCACCGUCACCACCUCCAUCACCAAAACCAAAGCCUCCAUCACCGUCACCACCUCCAUCACCAAAACCACCACCACGAACACCUGCCCCAGGCAAGUUUGAGAGCGAGCGAAUUAAACUUGCCUACUAUGUGUUUAAAAAUUUCAGACCCUUAAUCAAGGAUGACCCGAAAAACUACAAAAAGUCAUGGCGGGGCCGUGAUGUUUGCAAGUACAAGGGCGUUGUCUGCGCUAUUCAUCCUGACUACAAGCAGAGAGCAGUUGCUGGUUUAGACAUCAAUGGCGCUCUGUUUGGCGGUUAUAAUGCUAAACUCCCCCUGGAUGGCUUCCUUGACAAAUUAGAGGACUUGGCUUUCUUCCAUGCAAACUCCAACAAUUUCACAGGCUUUGUCCCAAAAGACGUUUACAAACUAAAAUUCUUCUACGAGCUUGACCUCAGCAACAACAAGCUAAUCGGAGGCUUCCCUAAUGAAGUUCUUGCGGCCACAAAUUUGACAUUUUUGGACCUCCGGUUCAACUCCUUCGCAGGUUCAGUCACACCGGAAGUCUUCAAACUAGAUGUUGAUGUGCUCUUCCUCAACAACAACAAUUUCAAUCAGAAGAUUCCUGACAAUCUUGGUUCCUCACCAGCACAUUACUUCACUUUUGCUAACAACAAGUUCACUGGUCCAAUCCCAAGAAGCAUUGGCCAAGCAUGCAAAACCCUUUUUGAGGUUCUCUUCCUUGGGAACAGCCUUACAGGGUGCCUGCCGUAUGAAAUUGGGUACUUAAACCAGGCCACGGUGUUCGAUGUGAGCUCCAACUUCUUAACAGGCCCAAUACCACACUCAUUCAGCUGCUUGGCCAAGAUUGAUUAUCUAAACUUGGCCAACAACAGCUUCUAUGGACCAGUGCCAGAGCAGGUCUGCACCUUGUCUAAUCUGAGGAACUUCUACUUGGCCAACAACUAUUUCACAGAGGUCGGGCCAGAGUGCCGGAAAUUGAUCAAGAAGAAGGUUCUUGAUGUUAGGCAGAAUUGCAUUUUGGGCCAACCAAACCAGAAAACAAAGGCUCAAUGUACUGCCUUCUUCUCCAAGCCUAGAAAGUGCCCCAACGAGAAGGAAAUGACCUACGUGCCUUGUAAAAGACACUUGGGUUCAAAUGAGAAGAAGCCUGAGCAUCAGAAACAAGCUUCUGCCCCAUUGUCUUAUGGCAGUCUUGUGCCACACAGGCUUUGACUGAUUUCAUGCUGGAAUUGGGCUUGUGGAAGAUGAUGAGCUAGAUGGGUCCUUUGUUAAUUUAUGCAUAUAUAUAUAUAUAUACACAUAUAUAUUUGUAUAUUUUCUUUUUUAAUGAUUUUAUGGAGCAAUGUAAUAACCUGCGCUGCUUUAUAACCCUAAUUUAAGCAUGCAAGUUUAUAGAAUAAUGAGGUUACUACUUGUUCUGAUA